CCUUUGGCGCCAUCAUGUGUCAGAUGCGCAAACAACAACAAGUGCUGAAGCAGAACGGUUUAGCUUUCGGUUCUGCUGAAUUGAGACCAAAAGUGUCAAGUCAUGACACUUUAGCUGUCAGUGGGUUAUUAUUCAAGGAUUUUUGUCGAUGGAUAACAAAGAGGCAACACGCACCUGCGGCCAGUGCCACAAGGAGGUCGCAGAGGCCAACUUUGCUCUACAUGAAACACACUGCAGCCGCUUCUUAUGUCUCUGCCCUGACUGUGAUGAACCAGUUCCCAGAGAGCAACUGAACCAACACAGAGAGGAAGAGCACACCCAGGUGAGAUGCUCCAAGUGUAACCAGAAGAUGGAACGUUGUCACCUAUUGGAUCAUGAGUCUGAUGAGUGCGUGGAACGUCUGCAGAGCUGUCAGUUCUGCGAGCUGGAGCUGCCGUGGAAGGAGCUGGCCGAACAUUGUCUGGUCUGUGGGAGUCGCACUGAACUCUGCAGGGACUGCGGCCGCUACGUCACCCUGAAGGACCAGCCCAAGCACGGCUUGACCUGCUCAGCUACUGACAAUGGCACAGGUCCUCCUCAAACUACCAGCAAACUGCCACCAAACAAGACUAAUAUAGCAGUGACUUGUAGGAGCUGUAUGGCAUCAUUUCCAGCUGAGGAUAUAGAGGAACAUGAGCUGGAGUGUGUUCCAGCAACCAGGUUGGACGAUGAAGAGGCAGAGAGUGAGGAUGAGGAUGAUUUCUUCAGGCAGGGGGCCACUCCUUGGCUAAGCAGGACAUAUAAGUCAACAAUUCCAGCAGACGGACCCAGCAGAGGUCCCUGGGGUGACCCAGACCAGAUCAGCACCUGCCCCCACUGUCAUUUGACCCUGCCCCUCGUCACACUACGUUGGCAUACGGCGAAGUGCCGAAUCCACGUUCACUUGAAAUAAAGAGAGAGCUCCUUGGAAUGGAUGAGCUGCUUCAGAGAUCUUAGAUCAAUGUUUCAUUAGGGACAAAAGACAAGUACUUGUGCUGUUAAAAUGUACUUUCAUUAUUUCAUAUUAUUUCCUAAUGUUUAAAUUAAGGUUUACAUUUUGAUUUUAGUUUUAGUGACCUUUAGUUUGUUAGUGUGCAUGCCUUUGUGCAUGCAUGAAGAGGAAGUGGUUCAUUAUAUAAUACUCUGCAUCCAAGUAAACUUGACAUGCUUGAUAA